AUUCAGCUCAGCCAACCAUGACUGCAGGAACCAGCACUGCGGCAGCAUUGGAAGACGAUAACUCGACCACACCUGGGAUUCUAACCAACACUAGCAGUGAGCUCAAUAUUACAGUUGUUUCCCACCAAUGUGGAACAACAACCAUGGAAAAUGAUUUGAGAACCGAAUCUAUCAUUUCCACAGACACGACAAAAACUACUUUGAAUAGAACAACGCCUGCAACAACUCAAGACCCAUUGAAAACAACCACAGUUACAAUCAGUAGAACCACACUUGCAACAACACAGACGUCCCAAAACACAACCAUAUCCACAAGUCCUGCAACAACCCUAACAUCCACGACUUCUGCACCCCAAAAGACACCCACAUCCACAGCUACUAACUCAGAAUGUUCAACGACAGCAAACAGACUCACGACUACAGCAGCUCCAGACAUAGCGAUGAUCGCAUCAGCAACCAAAAACAUUUCGAUGACAACCACUAUCACAACUACCAGUGUUGGUAUAGCUACACCUACCACAUCAAUCACAACCAUAACUAGCUCAACACAAAAUACCAAUACAAGCAUAUCGUUAACACCUAAGUCGAUGACUAGCAUCCCCGUGACUACCGCAACCCAAACCUCAUUAAACACAACCACACCCACAAAUAGUACAACACCAGGUACCAGAAGCAAAACCAUGACAACAACCCCAAACACAAUCAAAUCUACAAAUCCUGCAUCUACAAUGUCUAGGACUGGAAACACAAGUACAAACAUAGCAAGAGUUACUAGCGUGCCAAAAAGCACAGGUUCGUCAACCACAACAAACAAAUCCGUGACUGAAGUCACUCAGGACACUAGCAUGUCCUCAUCUGCAAGAGCUAAGACAUCUUUGAUUGACAUCACCACAGCCCCACAAAACUCAACUAUAUCCUCAACUAGCCCAAUGCCGAGUACAAUACCAACAACUCACACAAUGACUAGCGCAAAGCCAAUCCUCAAUACAAUCUUAGCCCAAACAGCUGAAAGCGCAUCUAUGACUACAGCAACCCAAAACCCAACAGCGGCUUCCAAAAGCCAGAGCUCAGCUGCAAGCGUAUCCCAAACAUCCGAAACAAUGACAAGAGCGCCUGUGACUACUGCUGCCCCAAGCCCAUUGAACACAACCAUUUCGACAACUAGUACAAUGCCAAGCACCUCAACGGAGACUAUGACAAUCACAACAAUGACGACCCGAACCCACAACAUAAAUUCAACGAUAUCACCUGAAGCAACAAGCAUACCUGUGAUUACCCAAAGCACAAAAAUAGCAACCACAACCGUUUCGACAUCGAGUGCAGUGCCAAGCGCAGCAUCUGCAACAGCAACAACAACCACGACCAUGCGAACAAGUCCUGCGACAGCACUGCCAUCCCAAAACACAACCUCUCCACCAACAUCAUUGACAGUGCCAAAAAGCGCUGAAUCUUCAAGCAUAACAAAGAGCCCCAUGACUGCAGUGAGUCCAAUCACGACUGAUUCCAAACCUGCAACAACAAACACAUCUAUGACAAGCAUCGCCACUACGCCACAAAACACAAAUAUUCCCACAACCGGCACAAUCCUGAGUGCUCCGAUAGCAACGACAACCAUGACCAAUCGCCAGAACACAAAUAUAACCAUGUCAUCAACAAGGACAAGCGUACCUAUGACCAUUGCAAGCCAACAGCCAUCAAACACAACAAUGUUUGCAAUGAGCGCAACAAAAACCACCACACUUGCAACAAGAAGCACAACAACUCCAAACACAAGCGUGUCCAAAAGCGCUGCGACGCCACUUAGCAUGUCAACGGAAACUUCUGACACAACCACGUCCACAUCUGGAACAAGUAACACAUUGGAAAUCACCAUCACGCCACAAGACAACAUUAAAUCUACACCUAACCCGAUUACAAUCUCAACAGCGUCAACUGUCACAACACCCCAAAACGUAAAUACAACCAUGUCCCUGACGCCUGAAACAGUGACAAGCAUACCUGCGAUUUCCAAAACUCAUACAAUGCCCAGCAGCACACCUGCAACAGCACAGACCAAUGUGAUCAUCACAACCUUCAACCAUACCAGAUCCACAAGUCCUGAUGGAGCAUCCCAAAGUCCAGCAACAUCUACAGCAACGACAGUGCCGAGCGGCGCACAAUCCUCAACUGUGGAAAACAGACCCCUGACUACACCUACUCCAGACACGAGCCUAUCCACACUUGAAAGAAGCACAAGCGUGGCCACGUCCAGCAACAUCUACAGCAACAACAGUGCCGAGCGCCGCACAAUCCUCAACCGUGGAAAACAGACCCCUGACUACACCUACUCCAGACACGAGCCUGUCCACACUUGGAAGAAGCACAAGCGUGGCCACGGUAACUCAAAGUGCAACCAAAUCCUCAACCAGAGCAAUCCCGAGCACUACAAUGGUAACGGCAAGCACAGCACUGGCCGCCACAGCCAAAAACGUAAAUACAACCAUGUCCCUGACGCCUGA